AUGAGGGACUUAAUUCUAGCUCUGACUUUAACCCUUGUGGGGAGUCAGCAUCUUAAUUAUGAACCUGGUUUCAAAGAAAACAAGGCUUACACAUAUGAUUAUGAAAGUGUAUUUCUCAGUGGACUUCCAGACAGAGGACUUGCAAGAGCUGGAAUAAAAGUAAAAUGUAAAGUGGAAAUCAGUGGUAUCGGGCCAAAACUUUGUCUUAUUAGGGUUUAUUCACUCGAAGCAGCAGAAUACAAUGGUAUCUGGCCUCGAGAGCCGUUCGCACGGUCAUCUAAACUGACCCAGGCAUUUUCAGCACAACUCAGAAACCCCAUCAAAUUUGAAUACAGUAAUGGCCGUGUUGGAAAUCUUAUGGCUCCAGAUUCUCUCUCAGAUGAUGGGCUUAAUUUCUAUAGAGGAUUUCUGAAUGUGCUAGAAUUCACCCUGAAGAAGUCACAGAAUACAUAUAACUUGCAGGAGGCUGGGAUCGAUGGUGUUUGCAAUACAACCUAUGUGAUUCAAGAAAACAGGCGAGCAAGUCAAAUCUAUGUGACAAAAUCCAAGGACCUAAACAGCUGUGAUGAGAGAGCUCAGAUGUUCACUGGUGCUGCAUACACUUGCCAGUGCCCAGCCUGCAGAGAAAAAAACAAGUAUUCCCGGGCAACCACUACUUACAAUUACAAAAUCAAAUCUUCCCAUGAGGAGGCUUUAAUUGUACAAGCUGAUGUCCAAGAAGUCCAUCAGUUCACACCAUUCAAUGAGGUCACUGGAGGGGAUGCUGUCGUAGAAGCAAGGCAGAAGCUGGUACUGAGUGAUGUGGAAAAACACUCCCCAGAAGUCCCAUCAACAGAAUUCCAGAAACGUGGAUCACUUCGGUACCAUUUUGGCAGUGAAUUGCUUCAGCUUCCCUUCCAGUUAUUCAAAAUCAAAAACUUGGAAAGUCAGAUAGUGGAAAACCUGCGGUAUCUGGUAGAGCACACACAUGAGCGGGUUCCUAGUGAUGCUCCACCAAAAUUCCUGCAGCUGGUACAGCUUUUCCGGGCAGCAAAUGAUGAUAUCUAUGAGUCAGUUUGGAAACAAUUUUCUAGCCGGCCUGUAUAUAGGCGCUUGAUUUUGGAUAUAAUUCCUGCCAUUUCCACUCAGAGUGCAAUCAGAUUCUUAAGGCAUAAAAUUGAAAGGAAAGAACUCAGUGACUUGGAAGGAGCUCAAGCAGUGCUUGUGGGCUUCCAUUUAAGUACACCAACCCGUGAUGUGAUAGAGGAAGCUGUGCUCAUCCUGAAAAAGACACAUCCACGCUCAGAUACUUUCCUUCACAGAAUUGCCUAUCUAGCCUAUGGCUCAUUGGUUCACAAGUACUGCUCCAUUUCAGACUCCUGCCCUGAGUCAGCUCUCCAGCCACUAUAUGAUUUUGCAGCUGAAGCAUCUGGCAGGGCUAAGGAGGAAGAAAUGGUCCUGGCCCUGAAGGCCUUUGGGAAUGUAGGACAUCCAGCCAUUCUAAAGCGCAUCAUGAAGUUUAUGCCAGGAUAUGCACCUGGUGCUUCUGAUCUCCCAGUCAGGGUUCAAAUUAGUGCAGUGAUGGCCCUGACAAACCUGGCCAAGAGAGACCCACGAAAGGUACAAGAUAUUACCCUGGAGUUGUUCCUAAACCACAAAAUUAAUCCUCAAGUCCGAAUGAUUGCUGCAUUUGUUCUGCUUCAAACCAAACCAGGUCUUCCUGUCUUGGUGACUUUAGCUAAUGCAAUGCUAAAAGAACCUAGCAUGCAAGUGGCAAGUUUCAUCUUUACUUCCCUGAGGGCUCUGGGCACAAGUACAGCUCCGGAUCUCCAAGUCGUGGCUUCUGCCUGCAGAAUGGCUAUCAGAAUACUCAGCCCCAAACUUGACAGACCUGGCUAUCGGUUCAGCAAAGUUUUCCGCUUUAGUAUGUUUAGAGAGUCUCUUAUGAUUGGAAUGGCAGCCCAAUUUUUGACACUGAAUAAUGUAGGCAGCAUAUUCCCAUCAAUAGCAUUGUCCAAAUUCAGGGCCCAUUUCGUUGGACACAUUGCUGAACCUUUGGAGGUGGGACUGAGAGCUGAAAGACUGCAGGAGAUGUUAGCGAAAAGACACUUACCUGACAGUGAUUCUGACAGUGCAUUUGAUGUGAGGGAAGUUCUGAAAACGCUCUCUGACUGGAAGGCACAGACCAGUGAUAAACCUCUUGCGGCAGGCUACAUGAAGAUGUUUGGACAAGAAAUCUUCUUUGGUGCACUUGAUAAGGAUUCCAUGCAAACUCUAUUGCAGGCAUUGUAUGGACCAGAAGAAAAAAUUCCCUCAAUAAAAAGAUUCAUAAAUCAUCUUCAAAGUGGUGUAGGGAUCCAGUGGUCAAAAGCUUUGUUGUCUGCAGAAAUCCGUCGCAUUGUGCCUACGUGUAUUGGAUUCCCAAUGGAGACAAGCUUGUAUCAUGCUUCUUUCACAAAUGUUGCAGGAAGUGUUCAAGCACAGAUUUCACCAACUCCAAGUUCCGAUUUCAAACUGGCUGACUUACUUAAUGCCAAUAUUAAAGUGCGAUCCAAGCUGACCCUAAGCAUGGUCAAGGACAUGAUCUUUGUAAUGGGAACUAAUACACACCUGUUCCAAGCUGGAUUGGAGGCACAUGCUAAAGUGAAUGUAAAUCUCCCUAUGAACGUUGCAGCUACUGUGAAUAUUAAGGAUAAGAAUUUCAAAUUGGAAAUCCCACCAUGCAGCCAGGAAACUGAUGUCAUUACUCUAAGGUCUAAGACAUAUGCUGUUACACGAAAUCUUGAAGACUUAGCUGCCACUAAGAUGACGCCGGUUCUUCUACCUGAGGCAGUGCCUGACAUAAUGAAGCUGUCCUUCGAUUCAGGUUCCGCAUCAGGCGAGAGUGAUAAAAUAAGGGGUAGACUGUCUUCAGAAAUCAUUUCAACAGGAAGCAUCUAUUCAGCUGGACAAUCAUCCCAACAGAAAGUAUCAUCUGUUCGUUCCAUGUGCUUCAAUGCAAGUACAUUUGGAGUUGAAUUUUGCGCAGAAAUAAAAAGUGUGAAUGCUGCAUUUAUCAGAAAGGCUCCUCUCUAUUAUCUGGUUGGGGAGAAUGCUUUCAAACUUACCUGCAAACCAGUCCAUACAGAGUCAUCAAUUGAGAAAAUACAAGUAACAAUUCAAGCAGGUGCUCAGGCUGCUGCAAAAAUGGUGCGUUUGGUAACAUUUGAAGACCCAGAAACUGAACUAGCUUCCGGCAAAGAGGCAAUUCAAAAAAUGAAGAAAAUCCUUGAUGAUCCCACAGUCCAGACCCAGGGAAAAUCACUCCGAAUCCGAAAAGACAGAAAAUCGUCAUCCAGCUCCAGCAGCUCCAGCAGCUCCAGCUCCUCCAGCAGCAACAGUAGCUCCAGCUCAUCCAGCAGCGAUGCUCAGCCUAAGGCCACAAAGAUAAAUCUGAAGAAGAAGGAUGCAGCUUCCUUUGACUCUUCAUUGGGCCCAUCAAGCAAGAAACAGCAGAAGGGGCAUCAAGGAUAUAAGCAGAAAGGGUCCCACAGCAAAGGGCGUUCUAAAACCAAAGGGAAGACGUUAUCUCCAUUUGGGAAAAGCAGCAGCAGCAGCAGCAGCAGCAGCAGCAGCAGCAGCGAAGCCAUCUCCGGCGGACCCAGCAGCAGCAGCAGCAGCAGCGAAAGUGCUGAUAAAACUCGCUAUGAUGCCAAGAAGCGUUCCAAGGAGUCGUAUCCAAAAGAGGAGAAGAAACAUGCGAAGUCUAAAUACGCCAGUCGCAGCAGCUAUGACUCCUCUGCAGACUGGGAAAAGCACGUUCCAGAAAUGUACCGACUCGUCUUCAAGUCCCAUUCGACUCCAGGUCAGGUGUCGUCAAGCAGCUCAUCAUCAUCAUCAUCUUCAUCUUCAUCUUCAUCUUCCCCUCCGUCAGGCAGCAGCAGCAGCAGCUCCAGAGACAGCAGCAGCAGAAACAGCAGCAGCAGCAGCAGCAGCAGCAGCAGCAGCGAUUCUAGCUUUGCACACGAGCCCAAUUUCCUGGGAGAUGUACUUCCACCUGGACUCACCAUUGUGGCUCGGGCAGUUAGGAGUGACAACAAAAAUCAAGGUUACCAAGCCACAGCAUAUAUUAACUCUGCUGCUGCCAAAGUCGAUAUGCAAGUGGUUGUGGUUCAGCUUGCUGAAACUAACUGGAAAGCAUGUGCUGAUUCUGUAGUAUUGCCUCUCAAAGCACAGGCCAGGUUCAGGUGGGGCAAGGAAUGCCGGGACUACAAAAUUGAAGCAAGAGCUUCCACAGGCCAAAUUUCAAGGAAUCCAGCCAUACAGGUGAAGAUAGCUUGGACAAAACUUCCAUCCUGGAUAAGGAGGACAACUAUAACAGCUAUGGAAUUUGUUCCUGGAAUAGCACUCGUGAUGGGCUUCUCAGAAGUGUAUCAGAAAAAUCCUUCUCGGGAGGUUGUAUUAAGAGCAGUUGCAACUUCACCGCGGACAAUUAAUACAGUCAUAAAGGCUCCUGGGCUAACCCUUUACUAUGAGGCUUUCCCACUUCCAUUUGCAUUGCCUGUGAGCCCAGCUCCAGCUUCUCAGGCUCAAGAAGUGACUGCUUGGAAUUUCCUUCCAGAAAUAUCUUCACUGAUAGCUAAAGAAGAUCAAUCCACAUGUGAAGUGAAGGAAGAAAACUUCAAAACAUUUGACAAAGUGAAGUACAGAUGUUCAUUCAGUAAAGACUGCAACCUCGUGGUAGCUCAAGACUGCACUGCUCACCCCAAAUUCAUCGUCAUGACGAGAAAAGUCGAUCCCCGCUCUUCCUCCAGGGAGGUGUACAUCAAUAUUAGUUCAUCAAGCAUCAGACUCUAUCUUUCUGCGUCUUCCUCUAUCCUCGUGUCAUAUAAUGAUGGACCAGUGUUAACACGCAGCAAGGUGUAUCAAAAUAAAAGAGAAAACAUUAAAAUUUAUAGAAAUGAAACAACAGUUGUAGUAGAAGCUCCAGACCAAGGGCUGGCGAAUGUGACUUUUGAUGGCUCGACACUUAAGGUUACUGUUGUUUCAUGGAUGAGAGGAAGGACCUGUGGUAUUUGUGGAAAUAAUGAUGGACAAAAGCAAAAUGAACUACUCGCGCCCAAUCAUAGGCUGGCACACAGCUGCUCAGCUUUUGUCCAUUCAUGGGUAUUGGUAGAAGAAACCUGCGCCGAAGGGUGUAAACUGCAACGCCGCUAUGUGAAACUGAAGGGACAUCCUGUUAUUGAUGGAAAGGAAUCUACAUGUUACUCUGUUGACAGGAUACUGCAGUGUAUGAGAGGCUGUACUCCAACUGAGAAAACCUCAGUUAAAGUUGGCUUCUCCUGUUUCCCAAAAGAUUCUGCUGUGAGCCUGUCUGACUGGCAUAGGAGCAGUGACAGGAAAUAUGCAGCCGAGGACAUUGUGGCGUCUGUGGAUGCUGACACUGACUGUUCCUGCACUGACGAUUGUAGUUCAUCUUAAUGCUUUAGCAAUAUGCCAUAGAUGUACUCUCCCAAAUGAUUGAAUAGUUGGACAGCUGCAAAGGGAAUGCAAUAGCUGCAGUAAAAUAUUAAAAAAUAUAUGCUUUAAAAAUAGGUAAGCUUAAUGCAUUACGUACAAAGUCAAAUGCAUUAUGUACAAU